AUGCUGGCCACUUUACUCCCAGCCGGCGCGCUGCUACCGGCACCCUCAACUCGGGGGGGCGUAGAGGCUGGACCAAAGCCUCCAUCCAGUGUGCACCGGGAGCAUCUCUUGGCCAGAGGGAACAAGGUGUGCGAGUUCGGGCGCUACAAGCAUUCCACCUACGACGCCGCCUGCCAGGACGAGGGGUACAGACGCUGGGUCAUGGGCAACAUUGACGAGGCCAGAGCGCAGCCAGUUCAACAACCACCACCCGCGCCUCGCUUCAUGGCCAUCCACGACGGCAUCGACUACGAGCAGGUGACCAGCUCCGAAGGGGACUUAGUGGCGAUCGUGGACGCGGGAUGCAACAUGUCGUGCCGUGGAAGCAGAUGGCUGGAACGGUAUACGAGAGCGACCAACCAGCCAAUGCCGCCACUCGACGACACCCCAACGACAAGCCUUCGGGGCAUCAUCAUCAAUGGAAGCGUGGUUACUGGAGGCACGAGGCACUUGAGUCUUUGCCUCGAGCUCGUGGAUGGUGGGAUUGCCAAGAGCGAUUUGCAGAGCACGGAGCUCUGCGACUCGGAUGCACCGCUGUUGCUUUCCGUGCAGGCUCAGAAGGCCUUGGGCCUCAUCAUCGACGUCGCCGGCGAGGUGGUGCAUUCCCAAACUCUUGGGCAGGACCUCAAGCUGGUCUUCAAGGACGGCCUCCUGGCGAUCAGGCUACUACCCGGAGACUUGGAACUCCGGCAAGGACCCAUGCCAAGCGACGCGACAGAGCCGCAAUCACUGGAUGAUGACCUCAGUCACUCCGAAGAUGGACGUGGAUGGGAGAUCGUCGAGGGGGAGAAGCCGCACGUGAUGAACAAGCAGCAGCACGGCCGCAUGAAGGAUGGAGCGAAGACUGUGAGGACCCACGACCGCCACCUGUGGAAUCAGAUCCGACCGGAACGGCACCGACGGCCCAGUGAACUCCCACGGGGAUGCCGGACCUUCCUGCUGGAGAUUUUUGCUGGAGCGGCGAUACUGACCCAGGUGGCAUUCCAGGACUUCGGCGUGCCAGUAUCACCACCCGUUGACCUCAACACCGGGUGCAAUCUGCUUACUUCUGAAGGGCGUGCCGCGGUCGACCGGGUGAUCGGGAGGGAUGAUCCUUUCGCCAUCUCCUUCGCGCCAGUGUGUACACCCUGGACCUCCUGGACUAACAUCCUCACCGGAGCCGCCAAGGAGAAGGUGAUGAAGAACCGCAAGCAGUGGAGGCCAGUGAUAAAGUGGAUGUAUGAUGUUGUUGAGAGGAGAUUGAACAAAGGAUGCCACGUCUCGGUGGAAAAUCCCUGGAACUCAGCCAUGCGGAGCUGCCGGGAGUCUACGAACUUCUUUGAGAAGGGGCCCAAGGACGCCGGCACCGUGGAACCGGCGGAAUGUGUGAAGGUGGAUCAAUGUGCAUAUGGACUACGCGACCACGACAACCACCUGCCUCACCUCAAGCCCACUGGGUUCCUCACUGCCUCUCUUCACGUGAAGCAGGAGUCAGAACAUGGACGCUGCCCGGGAGACCACGUUCAUCAACAACUGGACACCAAGGCACGGUGUGUUCGUGCACAGGAGUGGCCGCAUGCCAUGUGUGAGGCCAUUGUCUACGGAUGGAUUCGUGAACUCGGUCAUUGCUACAUCAUGGUGGCCUUUCCUGCCGAGGCGGAGCAGGAGAUCGGGAUCUCCGAACCAGACAAGAAUGUCCCUGACUACCUCCUCAAGAAGCAGCAAGCGGAGAUGGAGGUGAUCUACGAGGAAGAGCCGGCACCACCACCACCAGCGCCGGACGGAGGGUCAUGCACCGCCGGCAGCCACUACUACGUACAGCUGGUGCCGACCCGAGUGCCAUCCGUGGACUGGACAACUUCCGGUGAGUACCGUUUUAACAAGGCCAUCUCCUUCGACGUCUUCAUCUGCAAGGACGCAAGUGGCAGGAAGUAUAAGAUCAUGUCGGUUGUGGACCUCGGCACGUUGUUCCAUGUGGCCGCGAUCGUUGGCGAGGGGUCAGGCCCACCGGCGUCCGGCGACAUGGCCAAGGCGCUAAGUGCCUACCAACUGGGACGUGGAGAGCGCCAAGGAGGCAUCUUGAAGGACAUCAUGAAGACCACCAUCCUUGCCCGACAGCUGCGUGGCCGGCAAAACAUGGAGUUUGUCGUGACCGAAUCGGUCGGAGUCAAGAACCACCGUAUCAACCACAACGGCUUUUCCCCAGCGCAAUGGGUGCUUGGGAGAAACCCCCCGGAGAUCGAUGCCUUGACAACUCUUGAUGCAAGCGCUAAGCUGGGCGUGCACCAGGAGAUCCUGGACGGCGAGACCUCCUUCGCCCAGCAAAUGGUCAUACGUGGAAAAGUACGCCGAGCAGAGGCCCAUUUCUUAUGGGAGAUCUCGUAUGCUACCACAAGCGACAAGGAGCAAAUCGACACUGGAAGUGGUAUGGCCCCGCACGGGUCAUUGGCCAAGAAGGACGAGGAACACUUUGGGUUGUUAAUGCAGGCAUCCCCCUUACGGUGUCAGUGGAACAAUGUCGACAUGCCUCCGGAAAUGAAAUGCUGGCCAAAAGGGUACUUGAACUACGACCAUCACGAAAGCGGCGACGACAAGAGAUGGAGGCAGAACCGGGACAAGAUCAGGAGCUUGAUGAUGAAGCUCCUUUCUUGGACGACUUGGUUGGAGUUGGAGGACCCCCUGGAAAUGAGCAACAUGGGUUCUUUGAUCUACGACCACCACAAGGAUGGUGGAUGGAACACCGAGGACGAGGGCCAGAUCGAGGAACUCCACUACGACAAGGUGGAUGGUGAGGGCUUCGACGCCGUGGAGAUCAUCGCGCCUGAAAAUGUGCAGGCGAUCUUGAAGGAGCACCCGGAUGUGACGAUCACGCCUACGAGAUGGGUGGACAACAACAAGGCACAGCCCUGGGAGGAUCCGCGAUACAAGUCGCGGAUUGUGGUCCGAGGAGACUUGGAGUCUGGGGCCGAUGAGGCCCGUACGGAUAGCCCCACUGCUUCCUCUGUCAUGCUGAACCUGCUCCUCUCCGUCAUCGCGAACAUGGAGUGGAGACUGCGUGGCGGGGACAUCACCGCCAGCUUCCUUCAAGGAGAUGUGAUAGAACGGGUGCUGAUCCUCAAGCCUCCACCAGGAGGACUCCCUGGCGUACCACCUGGAGCACUUCUACGAGCCAGUAAGCCAGUCUACGGCACGAAAGAUGCGCCCCGUGGCUUCUGGAAACGUUUACACAAGGUGGCUACGUCAAAGGGACUCAAGGCUGCACCGCAUGAACAUGCAGCCUAUGUGCUUCAAGGAGAAGGCGGACGCAUAGAUGGCAUGGUCAUCGCCCAUGUGGACGACCUUCUCUGGGGAGGAACGGAGGCCAUGGACAAGGUGAUGGACGAGAUCACCAAGGAGAGUUCAAAUUCGGAAGCCUCGAGUUUGGCGACAAGUUCGACUACUGUGGGAGGACCAUUGAGCAAGGAGCAAGUCCGCCCGAUCUAUGUGGACGCUGCUCGCAAGAAGCAGCGAGACAGCCCAGUUACAGAGCCGGAACGCAAUCAACUACGCAGUGUGGUUGGAAGCCUGAACUGGCUAGUACGGGUAUGUCGUGUGGACCUCGCCUACGAGGUGCAUCGACUACAGUCGAUUAUGUCGAAGGCGAUUGUGGAAGAUUUGGUCAUGCGCAACCAAAUCCUGAACUAUGUGAAGAAAACGUCCGACAAGGGGCUCUUCUACAAGUACAAGGCCUUUGACCUCUCCGACGCGACCAUCUACAGCAUCACCGAUGCCAGCCAUGCCGCAGAUUUCGAUGUUUCAACAACAGGUGAACCACUGGGAACCGAUCCCAGUCCGGCCAUCUUCUACUACUUGGACCGAGCGAGUUCGGGAACACUGGGAAGGGCCGAGACGCUCAGCAUGGUGAGUGGAUACGAGGGGGCAGAACAUCUUCGACAAGUUCUACAUGGGCUGCAUACCUUGGACAAGGCGCCCGGCGAAGUUACCGAUGCAAUGGACAAGUACAACCUUGUGAUGAUGACAGAUUGCAAAAUCUUGGAGCAGCACCUCAAGCAGCCGGGACUACACACAGAUAAAAGGCUGGCCAUUGAUCCCAGUGAUCUACGCCAGCUUGUGUGGCGUCUCCCAGGCGAAGAUUUCGGAGACCCGAUGGUCUCAGAUCGGCCGCCAGAGAGCGCCACCACAACGGUGACAUGGAUCGAUACAGCCUCGAUGCUUGCAGACGGACUGACCAAGAGGAUGAGCAGUCCCCAGCUCGACGAGAUGAUGAAAUAUGGGACUGUGUCCUUCAGCUUUGUAAAGAUCGACGGCUCACGGCCAAAGAAAAUUUUGAAAAUUUUAGGGGUGUGA